CAUAAAAUUGGUUGCUAUAGGAGGGGCUGGCAUUUCUUAAACAACAAACCUGCCGAUUGGCAUGUAAUCAACACCAUCCUUAUAAACUAACCACCCUUAAGGCCUGAAUCAAAGGAAGCUUAGAAGACUUAUGCCAGCACUAUAUACAAAGCCUGCAGGCAGGCCCAUGAAAAACUAAGGCGGCAGCCAUGGAGAAGGAGACGGCGGCGACGGAGCUGGAGAUCCCCGGCGAGUGCCAGUACGCCGGCGACCCGGCGGUGGUGCGGCCGAGCCAGCCCACGCCGCGGCACACGCUGUACCUCUCCAACCUCGACGACCAGCGGUUCCUCCGCUUCUCCAUCAAGUACCUCUACGUCUUCACCGGCCCCGCCGCCGUGUCCGCCGACACCCUGAGGGCGGCGCUCUCCAGGGUGCUCGUCGACUACUACCCGCUCGCCGGCCGUCUCCGGCCCAGCGACGACGACGGAGACGGCAAGCUCGUCGUCGACUGCAAUGCCGAGGGGGCGCUCUUUGCCGAGGGCGCCCUUCCGGGGCUCACCGCCGGCGAGUUCCUCCGGGGCCGCGCCAGGCCGCACAAGUCCUGGAGGAAGCUGCUCUACCGGGUGGAGGCACAGAGCUUCGUCGCCGUGCCCCCGCUCGUAAUCCAGGUGACUCGGCUGGGCUGCGGCGGCAUGAUCCUCUGCACGGCCAUCAACCACUGCCUCUGCGACGGCAUCGGCACCGCGCAGUUCCUCCACGCCUGGGCGCGCGCCGCCCGCGCUGACCACGUCGACGGCGCCGACCCCGCGCCGUUCCACGACCGCCGCGCCCUGAGCCCGCGCUGCCCGCCGCGCGUCGCUUUCACGCACCACGAGUACUGCAACAUCAGCGCCAACGACAACGACGCAUCCAGCAGCCUCCUGGCCCGUCUGCUCGGCCAGCCUCUGGCGCCCGUGUUGCUCACCUUCACGGCGGCACACCUCCUCCGCCUCAAGCGCCAGUGCACGCCGUCGCUCAAGUGCACCUCCUUCGAGGCGCUCGCCGCGCACGUCUGGCGCGAGUGGGUCCGCGCCCUGGACCCGCCCGCCUCGCUCCGCGUGAAGCUCCUCUUCUCCAUGAACGUGCGGCAGCGCGUGAAGCCCGAGCUGCCCCGGGGCUACUAUGGCAACGGGUUCGUGCUCGGGUGCGCCGAGUCCACGGCGGCGCAGCUGACGUCGUCCUCCCAAUCGAGCGCCCGCUACGGGGUGCGGCUGGUGCAGGAGGCCAAGGAGUGCGUGGACGACGAGUACGUGCGGUCCAUGGUGGACCUCCUCGAGGAGCGGCGCGGCGCGAGGCCGGACCUGGCGGCGAGCCUGGUGAUCUCGGCGUGGACGCGGCUGGGGCUGGAGGAGCUCGACUUCGGCGGGGGGAGGCCAGCGCACAUGGGCCCGCUGACCAGCGAGAUAUACUGCGUGUUCCUCCCCGUGGUCGGGGACCCGCACGGCGUCACCGUCCUCGUCUCCGUCCCGCAGGCCGCCGCCGACAGGUUCCAGCACUGCUGCCUCGGCUUCCUCAAGGACAACGACGUGGAUGCAAGGCUGAGCUGAGUUAGCAGCCGAUGAGCUGAUUCCGAUGUCAGAAUCAAUCAACUAUUAAGAGCACUCGAGUAGUAAUCAAUCAGGCUACAUUGUCGUAGAGCACCUUUUCGUGUCAUCAACUAGCUCGCUCGUCCUAGUUAGUUAGGAUCUGCUUAUUUAAACUGUGAUUUUUAAUUUUUGGGUUUUCUAGUUUUUUUC